GCUGAUUAACAGUUGUAGACAAUAGAGUUGUCAUACAGCGCUGUGAAGUCUUCCGAUUAUCUUGAUGUAGUAAUAAAUCACAAGGGUUAUUGUAUGUCAUCUGUAGCGAAAACAUCUUAUCUGGAUCUUUCGUCACGAGCCGCAGAAUUUUCCCUGAGCAGAUACGCAAGCGUUCAUUGGGCCGUGUGCUUGUGACUCCGAUCCCACUCCGCCAGAGCUUCGCCCGUCUCCCACCAAUCUUCUGCUCCUCCAAUUCCACACCGCGUACUCCUACGAGAAAGGAUUUCGUGUCGAAAGCCUUGCUUCUAGCUCCUGUGGCAUUCUCGACGUCUCAGGAGGUUCCUGAUCGUUGCUACGACUGGUUAUCGAAGACAUCUCAUCGCGUUCAUGUGCUUCCCAAGCAUCUUCACCUCUCAGGAUUACAUUAGUGAUCAUUUGUGGAAGGCCCAAGCAAACUAGCGGUCAGGAAGAUAUACGACAGUCAUAAAUUUUGAAAAUGUUUUCUCGAGCUUUGAGGCCGACGGCUCUUCUGCCCAAGACGGGCAAACCCUUCGCGAGCGUUGCGUCGACCCUGCGGGCUCGAUCUCUAGCCACGGUGUCGAACAAUACGCCACGGCAGCAAGAUCUGCCUCUGCACACCAAGUACCGACACACUGCGCCCUCGUACGAGCCAGCCACUUUCACGAUCCGAAACGGUCCCAUCUUCCAGGGAACAUCUUUUGGGGCUCGAAGCAAUAUUUCGGGAGAGGCAGUCUUCACAACGUCCCUGGUUGGAUACCCUGAGUCACUCACCGACCCCUCAUACCGAGGCCAGAUUUUGGUUUUCACCCAACCCCUCAUUGGUAACUACGGGGUCCCCUCGAACGCCCGGGACGAGUAUGGACUUUUGAAGUAUUUCGAGAGCCCUCACAUCCAGGCUGUGGGAGUGGUUGUUGCGGAUGUUGCAGAGAAAUAUUCCCACUGGACUGCGGUGGAAAGCUUGAGUGAGUGGUGUGCCCGGGAGGGUGUGCCCGCCAUCACUGGAGUGGACACUCGAGCCAUCGUCACCUAUCUGCGGGAGCAAGGUUCCAGUCUGGCCAGAAUCACUAUUGGAGAAGAAUACGACCAGGAUCAGGACGAAGCCUUCAUUGAUCCCGAACAGAUCAAUCUCGUCCGCAAAGUCAGCACCAAGGCACCGUUUCACGUCAGCGCCCCUUCUCCGACCGCCCACGUUGCGGUCAUCGACUGCGGUGUCAAGGAGAACAUCCUGCGCAGCCUCGUCAGUCGUGGCGCCAGCGUGACCGCCUUCCCCUUCGACUACCCGAUCCACAAGGUUGCUCACCACUUUGACGGUGUCUUCAUCUCCAACGGUCCCGGUGACCCAACCCACUGCCAGGACACGGUGUACCAUCUUCGAAAGUUGAUGGAAACAUCCCAGGUCCCCAUCAUGGGGAUCUGCCUGGGCCACCAGCUCUUGGCUCUUGCUGCCGGUGCUCGAACCGUCAAGCUCAAGUACGGUAACCGGGCUCACAACAUUCCUGCCUUGGACCUUACCACGGGCAAAUGUCACAUCACCAGCCAGAACCAUGGUUAUGCCGUCGAUGCUGCCACAUUGUCCGACGAGUGGAAGCCAUACUUUAUCAACUUGAACGACAACUCUAACGAAGGCUUGAUCCAUGCCACUCGCCCCAUCUUCUCGACCCAAUUCCACCCGGAAGCCAAGGGAGGUCCUCUCGACUCUUCUUACCUGUUUGACAUGUACUUGGACAAUGUACAGAAAUACAAGCAGAGCCAGUCGGCCUUCCAACCUCAGCGGGACAGCAAGCCCAGCCCGUUGCUGGUAGAUCUGUUGGCCAAGGAGAGGGUAGGUGUGGAGUUGACCCAAGGGAUUCGGAACAUGAUGGCUGCCAACAGUCAUCAGGAAACCGAGCCUGAGAAGGUCUACGCCGCUGGAGCUGCGUGAUUGAAUAUAGAAACGGCCGGGGGCAUUUAGAAUAGGGACCCUUCAGGUUGUCAUGAUUGAUUAGAUGCGUGUUUGACUGUACGUAUUUGAGUUUUGGGUCUGGCAUCAUCUCCCACGGUUCUACUCGCGGUCACCAUGCUGUGGUAAACCGCUAUCAUAGAUUGCGGAUAAACGACGCAAUGAACAUGAUGGAUUGAAUUUAAUUCCAUUUCCAUUCGGGUCAUGGUCAUAUCCUCAUGCUAUCCUUUUGCCAA